GACAACACAGUACACACCGUAUCAGGCAGAACUAGCCCAAGGUCGGCUGGAGAGCUUGCUCAACUACCAAACCAUGAUUGCUGAUCUGACAGCCCUGCCAGUGUCAAAUGCUUCACUUUUGGAUGAAGGCACAUCUGCUGCAGAAGCCAUGUCAUUGUGCCAAAGACAGAAUAAGAGGAAAAAGUUCUUUGUUGAUGAGAAAUGCCAUCCUCAGACAAUUCUGGUUGUCCAGACAAGAGCUGGACCACAAGAUAUAGAAGUAGUGAUUGGUUCAUGGAAGACAGUUGAUCUCAGCAACAAGGACUAUUGUGGUGCCUUAGUGCAGUACCCAGACACAGAUGGAACAGUGCAGAACUUUUCAUCCUUUGUGGAUCAGGCUCAUCAGUGUGGGACUCUAGUAGUUGCAGCCACUGAUCUUUUGGCCACCACUCUGAUGAAGCCUCCUGGUGACCUUGACUUUGAUAUUGCUGUUGGAACCAAUCAGAGAUUUGGUAUUCCCAUGGGAUAUGGAGGUCCGCAUGCUGGAUUUUUUGCCUGCAAGCAAAAAUUUAUGAGAAUGUUGCCAGGGAGAGUCGUGGGUAUAACAAGAGAUUCUGCUGGACGGCGAGCAUUAAGACUUGCACUGCAAACAAGAGAACAACACAUUAGACGAGAUAAGGCAACCAGUAACAUAUGUACAGCUCAGGCUUUGCUGGCCAACAUGUCUGCCAUGUAUGCUGUUUAUCAUGGCCCAAAAGGCUUAAAGCACAUUGCCAGGAAGGUGCAUCAUAGUGCUAUAAUACUUGCUGAAGGAAUCAGAAAAAGUGGACACACAGUUACAUCUUCAGCAUAUUUUGACACAGUCAAGUUUCAGCCAAAGGGUGGUCAGGAAGACAUUAAACAGCGAGCAGAAAAGAAGAAAAUAAAUUUGCGUUACUACCCAGAUGGACAAUUUUUCCAGCUAGAUGUACAGAGGUUGCUUGCCCAAGUUGCUGACUUGGCUCAAGAAAUUGGGGAGCAACCUGCUGCAAGUCUGGAAAAUGGAGAGUUUGCACGGACCAGUAGCUUUCUCACACAUCCAGUAUUUAACAGCUACCAAUCUGAAACAAGAAUUGUUCGGUACAUGAAACUCUUGGAAAACAAAGACUUAUCCUUGGCUCAGGCCAUGAUUCCCUUAGGGUCCUGCACAAUGAAGCUCAACAGUACAACUGAAAUGAUGGCAUGCUCAUGGCCAGAAUUUGCAUCACUGCAUCCAUUUAUUCCAAAUGAACAAGCUGCUGGCUAUCACAGGAUGCUGGAAGAGCUAGAGAAAGAUCUCUGUGAGAUCACAGGCUAUGAUCGUAUUUCCUUCCAGCCGAACAGUGGUGCUCAAGGAGAAUAUGCUGGCCUCAUGACAAUUCUGUCUUAUUUUCAGUCACUUGGUCAGUCCCAGAGAAAGGUCUGUCUUAUACCAAUCUCGGCUCAUGGUACCAACCCUGCAAGUGCUCAGAUGGCGGGGAUGAAAAUUCAGCCCAUUAAUGUCAACCGCAAGGGAGCGAUAGACAUGAAACACAUGAAGGAAAAUUUGGAAAAAUACAAGAAUGAGCUAGCCUGCUCUAUGAUCACAUAUCCCUCAACACACGGUGUAUUUGAUGAAGACAUCAGAGAGAUUUGUGACCUGACUCAUCAUUUUGGUGGGCAGGUAUACUUGGAUGGAGCCAAUAUGAAUGCACAGGUUGGCAUUUGCCGUCCUGGAGACUAUGGCUCUGAUGUGUCCCACCUCAAUCUUCAUAAAACAUUUUGUAUUCCACAUGGUGGAGGUGGUCCAGGAGCUGGGCCCAUUGGAGUGAAGGCACAUUUGGCACCAUUUCUCCCAACAAAUCCUGUGACCCCACCAAAAGGUACUGAUAGUGGCUUAUCAUUUGGAAGUGUCUCAUCUGGACCAUAUGCUAAGGGACUGAGGAAAGCUUCCCAGGUCGCCAUCUUAAAUGCUAAUUACAUGAGCAAGAGGCUUGCUGGCCAUUAUAAAACUCUCUACACAAAUGAAGCAGGUUUCUGUGCACAUGAGUUCAUCAUAGACUGCAGAGAGUUCAAGAAAACAGCCAAUGUGGAAGCUAUUGACAUUGCCAAAAGAUUGCAGGACUAUGGUUUUCAUGCACCAACAUUAUCUUGGCCUGUAUCUGGAACUCUGAUGGUGGAACCAACUGAAUCAGAGGACAAACUGGAGUUGGAUAAUUUCUGUGAUGCUCUGAUCAUGAUUCGUGAUGAGAUCCGCGCAAUUGAACUAGGACACUGGGAUAGAGAUCUGAAUCCAGUCAAGAUGUCACCACAUUCACAAGCUGAUGUCAUUGUUGGAAAGUGGGACAGACCUUACUCGCCAGAAACUGCAGUAUUUCCAGCUGCAUUUGUGCAACCUGGCACCAAAUUUUGGCCGACAGUUUCACGGAUUGAUGACAGCUAUGGGGACCAGAAUUUAAUGUGCACCUGCCCACCUGUCACUGACUACAUAUCAACAGAUAAAGAAAAAUGUGAUGCUGCAGUUAUAUAG